AUGAGCCAUGCCGGCCACGCAAGAGUUGCCUCGGCCGCAGCGGUUCCCUCGCCGUCGACGACGUCCAGCACGCCGUCCGGCACGCCAUCCCUUCUACCCCUCUCCAUCGACCUCGUCGCCCCUCGGCUGGCCGGGUCGAGCAACUUCUUCCCCUUCCAGGAUCUCGAGACGCUCGGCGACGGCAAUGGCUAUACCUUUUCGAGGCAGAUCCUCGCCGAGGCCGCCGCCGGUGGCAACCAGAGCAUGCGUCUCUUCGAGGCCGGCUGCCUCGUCGACGGCAAGCCCGACUGUCCGCGGGCCUGCGGCAACGCGACCUCCAUGUUCGACUCGACCGAAACCUUUUACAACUGCGCCGCCCUGGCGUCGAUUGCCUACUGGUCCCGGGAGGGCGGCCACUUCUACGUGCCGGCCGAAGCGGAGCGGAACGCGAGCCGCAUCAUGGCCGGCCGGACGCUGACCACGUUUGACGAGCGACCGGCGCUGUCGCUGCUCGUCACCUGCGCCCAGGCGGCCUGCGGCGGCGACGGCAUCCGGACGCCCUGCAACGACUCCAUCAAGGGUCUCGACGCGCAGUCGAAGCCGGCACAAAUCUUUGCCGCCCUGGACACCUUCUGCCCCGACAUUGCGGCCGAGAUCAACCCCGACAUCUUCGGGCCCGGGGUGCUCAUCUCCUACCUCCUCCAGGUCUGCUUCUCGAGCCUGCUCUACCUCUUCCUCAAGGCCUUCACCGUCUGGGUCAGCUUCACGCAGGCUCGAAAGGAGCAAUCGCCGGCCGCCACGCUGCACCGUCGCCUCACGCGCAUCGAGUCGAUGAUCUGGCCCGACUCGUCGGCGCUGUCCCGGACGAGCGUGGCGCUCGCGACGACGCUCGUCGAGUUCCAGGAGGCCCAGUGCUGGUUCGUCUUCGCCAUCCAGAUCGCCUCGAUCCUCGCCAUCGUCGUCAACUCGCAGGAGGGCACCUUUUGGGGCGAGAUCAUGGUCAACGCCGCCGUCGCCUUCCACGUCAGCCAGAACGGCAUCCUGCCCAUGUUCCUCAUCCAGCUGUGCCUCCACAACGAGGGCAUCCGCAACUGGCACACCUUCCUCGGCUUCUUCGCCGAGUACCUCCUCGCCAUCGUCGCCACGACGCAACGGGUCUACUUCGCCGACGCCUUCCGCCUCUUCCGCAAGGAGAACAAGGUGGCGGCCUGCGGCGGCAAUCCGAGCCCGCGGAGCUACUGCGCCGCCAUGCACGGCGUCGAGGGCCUGAACCUCGGCUUCUUCCCCCGGCCGCUGCUGUACAAGAUGGUCUUUCUCGUCCUCGACACCGUCGCCAUCGUCAUCCUCGUGCUCGACCAGCUCGGCUGGACGCUGCGGAACCACGGGCGCACGAGGCACCUGCGCAUCGGCUUCUACCACGUCGGCCGCGGCCCCGUCGGACGGUGGAGGCCGGCGUGGAUCCGGACGAAGCGGUGGCUGUGGCGGACGCUGGAGCUCGCGUACCUCGUCGCCAACCUCCUCUACAUGGUGUCGCUCGUCAAGGUCUUCAGCGGCAACACGUUCGAGGCGAGCAAGUGGUCGUACGGCCAGAUCAUCGCCAUGACCGUCUGGGGCCCCGUCAUCGUCAAGCUCUUCGACCUCGUCGUCUCGGGCCCGCCCAAGAACGGAUCAAGGCUCAACUCCGGGCCGCCGCGGCUACGCAUCGACAACGUCAUCAACGGACGCGUCGGCACGUCGGCCGAUGAGGAGCUCGAGGACGACGAUUUUCUCUCCGACCUGGACCGAGGCAUGGCGAAUGCUCCCGCGCGGAGCGCCGGCGCGGAGAGCGGAAAGGCAAGGGGUGAACGAGGCCUUGCGCCGACGACGGAAUGA